AUGUCGCUGUGCACCAAGGAUUUUGCAGACGCAGACGACCGCAUGUUGACUCUGACCCAUGUCUGCCAACAAUGGCGUCAAGUCGCCCUCUCUUUUCCUCACCUCUGGUUUAAAGUUCGCUCAAAUAAAACCACGGACCCCGACAAAGUCCGCGCUAUUCUUGAGCGAUCCAAGUCGACUUUGCUGGACGUGGAAGUCAACCUCGGGGAAUCUGUGAGUGGUCAACUGGUGGAGGUCGUGAGGCAGGUGCUAGACCAGACAUCAAGGAUGCGCACCCUCGUUAUCCAGGGAGACGACAUAGAGCUCGCGCGCCCUUCAUUUGAUACCCCUGCGCCAUUCCUCGAAGAGCUCGCGCUUAUCAAUGAUUGGGAAGCUCCCAUUGUUGCUAUUGACGACGAACUGUUCGACGAGGAGACUCCUUCGCUUCGGGAGUUGGUGCUCCACGGAUGCGUACUCCGCUGGGACUCGCCGAUUUUCUCUGGCCUUACUCGUCUUAGUUUGUUCAGCUCGCCAUUUAGCGACUUUGGCGCGCUAAAGCCAGAUGUCCGCGAACUAUCGAUCGUACUCCACUCCUGCGGAAACACCCUCGAAAGGCUCGAACUCUGCAACUUCUUGGAGUCCAGCGGCCUUUGGGAUAGGUCAUGGGACACUCUCUCGAACGCCGUCAAACUUCCACGUCUGAAGUUUGCCAUUCUCUCAGAAUUCGACUUCUUUACCCUAGUGUCCUUUUUCAAACAUGUCAACAUAUCGCCAGCCGUCCCCAUUAACGUGUGGAAUGUAGAUAUCAAUAAUCCUCGAAUGGUCCUUCCGAGCCCCAUCCCCCUUCUUCCCAGUCAAUUCUUCAUUUCUCCCGACGCUUCUCCAGCCCCUUCGAAAUGCCUUCAGCUAAUCGUGCACACCAUGGGGAUUGACUUCCACGUCUAUGAACAGAACCCUAACGCCAAGGUGCCAUGGUAUCGCUACAUGCCAUCCGACGAAGACCACUUCUUCGCGACGUUUUGCUGGCCCCUUGACGAAGACAACAUCCAAGUCAUCACGCAAAACGUACAUGGUAAUAUCCCCUUCUCGGAUAUCCAUACGCUUGAAGUGGAAGGCGGAUAUCUUCCGGCAGAGCGCUCAUUCUGGGACGGUCUGUUUCGUAACACCGCUCGGGUUCAUAAUCUUAUUCUCGGGACGGGUAUUGCCAAGAAACAUCUGCUUAGCGUCUUCCACGUCCUCGCACCUGAUGGCCACGGGUCCUCGCAGAAAGCCAGUACGACACUCCUGCUUCCACAUCUUACACGGCUGCAUUUCGCCACACCACAUAUUCAGGAGAUGGACCCGGAGCUAGUCACCAGUAUCCUCAAAAGGCGCAAGCAAGCUGGUGCUAAGGUAGAGACUAUUACUAUACAUGCACAGGAAGUGCAGGGAUACGCGGACGCAAUGGGAGCUACAGUAGUCCAGUAG